AAAUUAUUGUGAUCAUUCCUCUAGCUAGGUCACUAGAAAUGUGUAUGAUCGUAUCCACACAGUACAUGGCAAAUAAAGGUUUUUUUUUCUUCCUUAUAACAGAAAAUGAAAGUUUUUGCUGCAUGUAACCUAAACAAAAACGAUGUAGAGGCAAGAAAUAAAAAAAAGAUCAAUUUUUUGGCAAAUUAUUGUGUGAUUGUGAUGAAAUUAAUUACUUUUUUAGAAGGAUAGAUAUGCAGAUUUGAGGAUGUAGCAGUUGAAAGAAUCGGUCUUGAAAACCGAAGUAUUUAUAGAAAUACCAAGGGUUCGAAUCCCUCUCCAUAAAAAAAAACAAUCAAAACGGCGAAUGCUUAAAUGACUAAAAAGAAUCAAAAUAAAAACACUCCCUUGAUCCCCCGUAAAGAUGGACAAUGAGUAGGAUUAAAUAACCCAUUUAGCAUCUUAAUCAAAUAAGUUAAUGGAUACACCAUUUGAUUACAAGCUGGAAAUGACCGGUCAUCUAUGUUGUGCAGGCUCUCCAAAAUGCUCCCGCACCCAUGUCGGAUCCUCCAAAUAUCAACUGCUUUUGGAGGAUCCGACACGCACCCACAAUACUUUUGGAGAGUCCAAGCAACAUAGCCUGUCAUACAUUUUUUAAAAUUUCUCAGUUUCUACCUAAUUUUAGUGGGUACUGAAUUUCUUGGUGUACACAGGGGACGAAACUAUGUAAAAUCAGUUUAGUUUGAUAUAAUGAUGGUUCAUGGUGAAGUUAUUGUUUAACAAUUGCUAAUGUUUUUUGCACUUAGUCCAAUUCGAUGCUUGUUCAAACUUUUCAGAUGAAUCUUGCUUUGUAAACUAUUGUUUUUUUUUCAGUCAAUAGCUUUUGAAAAUUUUCACAUCCUAGGCGAAUCUAUCCGAAUUUCAGUUGUAGCAUAGUUGGGAAAACCAAAAUACUUUGAGACAAGAGAUACUAAACAAUUUCUUUUGUCUUCAACACAGCUACAAAUUGAACUAAACCAUCCAUGGUUUUUUGAAGUUUCUUUUGGUUGUUUCUCCCUUCGUUCGGUAUGUGCAAAUCACUUAGGUUACGUGCAGGGCAUUUUUUCAAGGCAAAAGAUAAUGGAAGUAGUUGCCUUUGACAUCAAGUGAAAGUGGACACUUUUGAUGUACUAUGUACUCAUUUUCUAUAGAACUUUGAAGUAGAUAGGGAUAAUAUACUUUUCUCUCUGUAGUAAUAGAUGCACAUUGAUAAGCUGGUGAAAACGGUUUUGUUCUCUCCGCGAACAUUAUUGAAUGUUUAAAAGUCCACAAAUGUUCUCAACGUUUUGCUAUCUUACUUAUGUAGAAGAGGAGAGAAGAGGAUAUUUGACAUUAGAAGCUACUGAGAAUAUCUAUUCUGUUGUAGUAGUAUCUUGAAUUCUUGAUAGUACAUAGAAAGGACUAAUUUCUCACGAAUCAUUAUUCCCCUUUUUAUAAAUUACGAGCACAUACUUAAUUACUUUUUAUGUACUGAGGCGCUUUCUUACUUUCAGUUUCCUGUCAACUCUGGCGGGUAAGAAGGGCUUAAAAUUUACUUGUGCAUGAGCUUCUUACAUGAUCAACUGAAGGUUGAGUUGAAGUAUCAUGUAAUAGUUUCUAACUGGAUUACACUUGAGUGCAGGUUAUUUGGUGGCUACAUUGCUCGCAUAAGUUGGUAAUCAAUUGAAAUAAGGUUCCCUAAAGAAUUUGCUUUUAUCGAAAAUCUUUUGUCUAACAAGUAGUAAGGACUUUAAAACUUUGUCCACGCAGAUGGGUAAAGCAGAAGUAAGAGUCCAAAAAUCUCCGAUCAUUCUCUUCUUUAACUUUGAUAUUAGGAAAGUCCAGGAGCAAAGUCAUUUGAUCAAAAGAAAAAAUAAAUUUAGGAGCAUAGUCUCUUGGUUUCCUUUUCAAUAUAGGCCUUGGUUUAGUGAAUGAGAUUGGAAAUUUGGUUUUGUCUUAAUGUUAAUUCAUUAGAAAAGGUAUCCAAUGUUUUGUUUCCAAAAGGAAUGAACUUUAGUGCUAUCUCUCUUGCCUUUGUUUCAGGACAUGAAGAAACUUUUGUGUUUUGAGUUUUCUGUGUGAGAUUUUCUGGGCUAACUUUUUGCUUUGAUGAUUGCUCUGUGGAGCUUUAAUGGCAGUAAUUCACGUUUACCUUAUGUAGUGUGCUGAAUUAUUCUUCUUGAUGAACGAUUUGGAGUUCUUUUUCUGGCGUGCCUUGAGAAAUGGACAACAAUCUUUCUGGAGAAGACAAUGACAACAUUGACUGGGAUACUGAAGAUGAAUUAGAAAUACAAGAAAUACAGGACAUGACAUUUUCCUCAUGCACGGAUUUAAGAACUACAGGGCAGCAUGCUGUUAGUUGUAACGGGGAGGCAAGCUCAUCAUCAGUACCAUCCCAGUCCAAGUUCAUUCAGCAGUUUGUAAUGAUGGGAUUUCGUGAAGAAUCUAUUGCAAAAGCAAUAAAGCAAAAUGGAGAAAAUGAAGGUUUGGUGCUGGAUGCUCUUUUGACAUUGAAGGCCCUUGAAGACUCUCGUGAAGAACAGCCUAAUACUAGCUCUCAGCUGAAGCCCUACAUUAGUUCUGAUGAUAGCUCUUCUGAAUACAACGAGAACUUUCUAGAUGAUGUUUAUGAGGAAGAAAGUUGGUCCUCAGACUCGGACAGUAUAUAUUCUGCUAAACAAUGCUACUUGAAAGACGAGAGCAGUUCUUUGUCUGAAAAAGAGCACAAAGAACGACUCCUGGUAAAUAUGGGAUACCCAGUGGAGGACGCUUCCAUAGCAAUGGAGAGAUGUGGUCCAGGAGCAUCGCUUGUUGAACUGACAGAUUUCAUCUACGCUGCUCAAAUGGCAAGAGAAGAAGAUGCCUAUCUGCCAGAAGAUGUAAAGCCAAAACUAGGGCAUAUAUUGAAUGGUAGUGGUGGAUCCAUGAAGAGGAAGAUGUAUAAUGAAUUAUGCAAAAGGAAAAAGCAAAGGGUGAUUUGUGAUGAAGAGACAAUUCGAUUGCCCAAACAUAUGAUUGGAUACGGGAUUCCUACCGAAUCAGUUUCAACAAUGGUCAAAAGAACUCUUCCGGAGCAAGCUAUUGGGCCCCCAUUUUUUUAUUAUGAAAACGUUGCUUUAGCUCCAAAGGGUGUGUGGGACACCAUUUCCAGAUUCUUGUAUGAUAUUGAGCCCGAGUUUGUUGACUCAAAAUAUUUUUGUGCUGCUGCAAGAAAAAGGGGAUAUGUUCAUAAUUUGCCAGUUGAAAAUAGAUUUCCUUUGCUUCCAUUCCCCCCAUGUACCAUUCAUGAAGCAUUUCCCCUGACAAAGAAAUGGUGGCCAUCUUGGGAUACACGAACACACUUAAAUUGUUUGCAAACAUCCAUUGCGAGUGCAAGAUUGACAGAUAGAAUCAGGAAAGCUAUGGAGGACUUCGAUGGUGAGCCACCUAUGAGAGUGCAGAAGUAUGUUCUUGAUGAAUGUCGGAAGUGGAAUUUGGUGUGGGUUGGGAGAAACAAAGUUGCUCCUUUGGAGCCUGAUGAAGUUGAAAUGCUAUUAGGAUUUCCAAAGAACCAUACCAGGGGUAUAAGUAGGACCGAUAGAUACAAGUCGCUUGGUAACUCGUUCCAGAUUGAUACAGUGGCAUACCAUUUGUCGGUGUUGAAACAAAAGUUUCCAGAUGGUAUCAACGUCUUGUCACUCUUCUCUGGAAUUGGCGGUGCUGAAAUUGCUCUUUACCGUCUUGGUAUUCCAUUGAAAAAUGUGAUUUCCGUGGAAAUAUGUGAAGUCAAUAGGAAUAUUAUGAAAAGCUGGUGGGAGCAAACUAACCAGAAAGGGAAUCUUAUAGAUUUUGACGAUGUGCAGCAGCUGGAUGGAGAUUGCUUGGAGCGGCUCGUAGAUUCAUAUGGAAGGUUUGAUCUAGUAAUUGGUGGGAGCCCGUGCAACAACCUUACAGGAAGCAAUAGGGUGAGCAGGGAUGGGCUUGAAGGCAAAGAAUCUUCUCUAUUUUUUCACUAUGUUCGGAUACUGGAUUUGGUGAAGUUAAUAACGUCCAGAUGAUAGCAUGAUAGAGAUUAGCUCAAGUUUCAGAAAGGGAUGGGCUUGAAGGCGAAAAGUAGUUGUUAUCUUUGGUUUUGGGCUCUUUUCUCUUUAAAAAACUGUUCAUAUGUGUGGAUGUACAACAAAAACAGAACAGAGAUAGGAUUUGUCUUUGCUCUUUGAAAAACUGAUGUACAUAUUUUUUGCAGCAUUCCUUAGUGAUAUCU